AGAAGACAGGCGGGCUUGGCAUUGAACGAACAUAGGAAGUGAAUUUGAGAGUGAGAUUGCAAUUUGACGUUCAGACGUGUCCACAAAUAAUCAGAUUCUCAACAGUGAGUGUUGUGUUAAAGAGGCAGCUGCAAGCGUCCAGAUUGUUGUUCACCAUGGUGGACUCUCAGUACUUCCUCCCCAAUGACAUUGGGAUCUCUGCGCUGGACUGUACUGAAGCCUUUCGCCUGCUGUCUCCUAGAGAAAAGCUCUAUGCGCACUACCUCUCCCGGUCUGCCUGGUACGGAGGACUGGCUGUGCUGCUGCAGACCUCGCCUGAGUCUGCCUCCAUCUUCGUUCUCUUACAGAGGUUGUUCCGCAAGCAGCCAGCAGCACAGCUGGAGAGCAUGGCCACUGCAGCUGGACUUAGUCCCGAAGAGUACCAGGCCUUUCUUGUUUAUGCUGCUGGUCUCUAUGCCAACAUGGGAAACUACAAGUCAUUUGGAGACACCAAGUUCAUUCCCAACCUCCCCAAGGAGAAGCUGAAGGCCCUUGUGUGGCAGAGCCAGGCAUUCCAGGACAGCCCCAGUGAGAUGGAGGCCCUGUGGGACAGCUGCUCCACCCUCCUCUUCUCCCUGGAGGACCAACAGAAACAGCUGGGCUUGGGGGACAAAGGAGUCACCACAUACUUCUCAGGGAACUGUUGCUUGGAGGAUGCAGAGUUGGCCCAGAAAUUCCUGGAUUCAAAGAACCUGAGUGCCUACAACACACGACUGUUCAAGAACAAAUCAGAAGAAGGCAAGGCCAGCUAUGAGGUGCGCCUGGCGUCAGCUGUGCAGAAGGACUGUGCAGUGGAUGGGGAGGGAGAAAGCAGGUGUGGCAGAUAUGACUUUGAGGACUGCGUCUUCAUGGUGUCCAGGGGAGACUAUGCUUACCUUAUGAAGAAAGUGAGUGAAAAUCUGGAGAAAGCAAAGAACCAUGCUGCCAAUGAGAACCAGAAGCGAAUGCUGGAGGAAUAUGCACAGAGUUUCACCUUCGGGUCCAUAGAGGCGCACAAGGAGGGCUCUCGUUUCUGGAUCAAAGACAAGGGACCCAUCGUUGAGAGUUAUAUUGGCUUUAUCGAGAGCUACAGGGAUCCCUUUGGUUCCAGGGGAGAGUUUGAAGGCUUUGUGGCUGUGGUGAACAAGGCCAUGAGUGAACGCUUUGCUAAGCUGGUGAGCUCAGCCGAGGUGCUGCUGCCAGAGCUGCCAUGGCCAAAAGACUUUGAGAAGGACCGUUUCCUCCUGCCAGACUUCACCUCCCUGGACGUACUGACAUUCGCUGGCAGUGGCAUUCCAGCUGGCAUUAACAUUCCCAACUAUGAUGACAUCAGACAGUCGGAGGGCUUUAAGAAUGUCUCCUUGGGCAAUGUGCUUGCUGUGGCCUACGCUACCCAGAAGGACAAGCUCACAUUCCUGGAUGAGGAAGACAAGGAUAUGUACAUUAAGUGGAAGGGGCCCUCCUUCGAGGUGCAGGUUGGCCUCCAUGAGCUGCUGGGCCAUGGCAGUGGGAAGCUCUUUGUCCAGGAUGAGAAGGGGAAUUUCAACUUCGAGCAGGAUAAUGUUAGAAAUCCUGAGACUGGAGAACAGAUCACCACCUGGUACAAAGGCAAUGAAACAUGGGACAGCAAAUUUUCCACUAUUUCUUGCUCCUAUGAAGAGUGCAGGGCCGAGUGUGUGGGGCUUUACCUCUGCCUCAACAAACACGUGCUCAGUAUCUUUGGCCAUGAGGACGAGGAUGCAAAGGAGGUGGUGUACAUCAACUGGCUCAACAUGGUGCGAGCUGGCCUACUGGGCCUGGAGUUCUUUACCCCCGAGAGCAAGAGCUGGAGACAGGCCCACAUGCAGGCUCGCUUUGUGAUCCUACGGGUGCUCCUGGAGGCUGGCGAGGGGCUGGUGAACCUGAAGGAGAGCACAGGAAAGGAUGGGCGCCCAGAUGCCCUCAUAACGCUGGACCGCAGCAAGGUCCACACUGUGGGCAAAGCUGCCAUCGAGAGGUUCCUAUGCAAACUACAGGUCAUCAAGUCCACAGCUGAUGUGGAGGGAGGCAGAGCUCUGUAUGAGGGCUACUCAGCUGUGUCAGACACUGGUUCUCACAACUUCCUGCGCCUGCGGGAGACUGUUCUCCUGCGCAAAGAGGCUCGCAAGAUGUUUGUUCAGGCCAACACAAGGGUCAAAGGUGAAAGUGUGGAGCUGGUGGAAUACGAGGGUAGUGCAGCCGGACUGAUCCGCUCCUUCACAGAACGGUUUGCAGAUGACGCCGAGGAGGUGGAGGCCCACCUGCUAGAGCUGAACAAGAGGGAUGCCCCCUGCUGGUGCUGAGUGAACAGUGCAGAAACAGUCAAAGCACUGCUAAGACCCAGACAUGCUACUGCCCUGCCCAUGCCUGCUUCUGACUGAAACAUCCCUGGUCUGUGUGGACUUGUCAUGAGAAAGGAUCUUUCACUGUCAAAUGCCUAAAUCAGUCAAGGGUAGAAUGCACAUGUGGUUAUGGCUGUAAUUGGGAGACAUUCAACCCUGAGGCACAGUUUCAAACUACGUUAAGUCCCUAUCAUUAUACAGUUAUUUCCCCCUUCCAAUAUCAGGAAGGAUAGGAACAGUGUAAACAAUCUGUUGUUGAAAGGACCUAGUGGUAGGAGCUUGAAGUCAGUUUGAAACAAGGCCAGCGUAUUAAAAAAAGCUAAGUGACUCAAGGGGACUAUACACGGUUCACCAUCAACUGUGUCAAUCAAAUCCCAACCACAGUCUUAUUAAGCUUUUGUUGACACAUUUCAAUUGCUCUUUGUCUUGACAAUGUUAUUUUUAUAGAACUCCUUCCAAAUAAUAUUAAUCAUAUGAUAAGCUUUUUGUCCCUUGUGUCCAGGGCACUUGAAGCCACCACUGUGACAUGGUCAAAGGCAAAGCAUUGUCAAAGGGUCCACAGUACUGUAAGUCGCACUCUUAGCUAGGUUGUUGAGAAACAACCUAUACAAAAAUACAUUUGAUUAAAACAAUAAGACCGAUAUCUGUUUUUUGUUAUGAAAAAUAUCUCAGAUAACUUGUGUAAUCAGCUGCAUACUAAACUGGUACACAUUGGAAUAUAAUUUACACAGACCUUUGUAUUUAUUUCUCAUUACCUUGCAAUUUCAGACCUGCCAACAUGCACGCAUUUUGCAUACCAACUACGCCAUUUUCUGUCCAUGUACGAGGUCCGAAUUGAAAGUACGUAGAAAUGAAUAGUGCCUGAUUUGUUACAUUUUAAUAAAACAUAAAUCCACUGA